UGACACUUUUCAGAGAAGAGGAAAAUCUCCCCAGUGUAGGCUCGAAGUCGUCGUCCAAAUAGUUUGUUCCGUCGAAAACCACUGUAAUUAUCCCAGCUAUCGCAAUAAGGUAAAAAGGUAAACCCUGAAAAUAAGAGAUAAUGCCGGGAUACAUGUUCAAUAUUGACGGUGGCUAUCUGGAGGGCCUCUGCCGUGGUUUCAAGUGCGGGAUACUCAAGCAGGCGGACUAUCUGAAUUUGGUCCAGUGCGAAACGCUCGAAGAUUUAAAGUUGCAUCUCCAGGGCACCGAUUAUGGUCAAUUCCUGGCCAACGAGCCUUCACCACUGGCUGUUUCGGUAAUCGAUGAUAAGCUGCGCGAGAAGUUGGUUAUUGAGUUCCAGCAUAUGCGCAAUCAUGCCGUGGAACCGCUCUCCACAUUUCUGGAUUUUAUCACGUACAGUUACAUGAUUGAUAAUAUAAUUCUGCUGAUUACCGGAACGCUACAUCAGCGCCCCAUUUCGGAGCUGAUUCCGAAAUGUCACCCACUGGGAAGUUUCGAGCAGAUGGAAGCAAUUCACGUUGCCGCCACACCGGCAGAGCUGUACAACGCUGUGCUGGUCGACACUCCGUUGGCUCCUUUCUUCGUCGAUUGCAUCUCUGAACAGGAUUUGGAUGAGAUGAACAUUGAGAUCAUCCGUAAUACGCUAUACAAGGCGUACCUGGAGGCGUUCUACGAGUUUUGCAAGAAGAUCGGUGGCACAACCGCUGAUGUUAUGUGUGAAAUUUUGGCGUUCGAAGCAGAUCGUCGUGCCAUUAUCAUAACCAUCAAUUCAUUCGGUACCGAGCUGUCCAAGGACGAUCGUGCCAAGCUGUAUCCCCGCUGCGGUCGCAUGCACCCCGAUGGGUUGGCUGCUUUGGCUCGUGCCGAUGACUACGAGCAAGUGAAGGCGGUGGCCGAAUACUAUGCCGAGUAUGCUGCCCUGUUUGAUGGAUCUGGCAACAAUCCAGGCGACAAGACGCUGGAGGACAAGUUCUACGAGCAUGAGGUCAAACUGAAUGUGUACGCAUUUAUGCAGCAGUUCCACUUCGGUGUUUUCUACUCGUACCUAAAACUGAAGGAGCAAGAGUGUCGCAAUAUUGUCUGGAUAGCGGAAUGCGUUGCCCAGAAGCAUCGCGCCAAAAUUGACAACUAUAUCCCAAUCUUCUAAGGCGUAUAUUUCAACACAUCAAAUAGUUGUGCAUCUUCAAGCGAAACGAGAAUAAACUUUAGAAACAUUCCUCACAUUCGCAGAUCAUCCGCCAGAACAAAACAAAAGAAGCUUAAAUUAAUGAAUGUGUUUUCUCCAACAGUAAAAAGUGUUAUUGGUACAUUUUCAAUUCUAUCGUGUAAGAUAAUUUCCACUACAUUGUUCCGCCGAAGCCAGCAGUGAAAUCCGUUUCUGUUAUGUUGUUUAUGUUUGUAUCAGAAUAAAACAUAUUUUUCCCCAAAGGUGAACAGUAUGAUUUGUGUAAUAUGUAUUGUUAAUAUAUAAUUCUUGGACACAAAAUAUAACAUUUAUUAUAUAAUAUACCAACUUAAUAUAAACAUUAAACGAUGAAAAAUAAAUUGUAGAUACCUAUGCA